CUUAAUUUUUAAGAACCGGUUCUUAGCUUUUUUUUGUUAAAAGUUAAGACACGCGUUUUUAUAUUCCGAUAAAAACAUCAUCCUAAGAACCCCACUAAACAUGUUAUAACCUUCUGGACGACGAAGAAGGCUUUUCGACAAAAUAAAUGAAAAGAAGAAGAGCCCAAUCUCCUUCAUUAUCCAGAAAAUGACGACAAUGGCUACGCAUGGCGCUUGGCUGCGAAUGACCUCAUCGGCAAAGCUCGUCGCUAAGUCAAAGGAGCUCCGAUUUGUCACGUCACAGCUCAGUGGCUUAAGAAUCUCGCAUAGUCCCUCUAGUGACGUCAGCAACCGUAUCUCCUUUCCUUCCUUUCCCGUUCGUCUUCAGCCAGUUGUCGCACGGAGGAUAUGUCCUUUUACUGGGAAGAAAGCAAACAGAGCUAACAAAGUCUCUUUCUCUAACCACAAGAUCAAGAAGUUGCAGUUCGUCAACUUACAGUACAAGAAAGUUUGGUGGGAAGCUGGCAACCGUUUUGUCAAACUCCGUUUAUCCACCAAGGCCUUGAAGACAAUCGAGAAGAACGGACUCGACGCUGUCGCCAAGAAAGCUGGCAUAGAUCUUCGUAAAAAAUAGAUAAAAAAAACAACAAUCUAAUAUAUGAUUGAUUCACAUAUAUAGUUUAUAUGCAUUUUCUUUCUGUUCCCUUCCUUCAGAAACUGUUUUGUUUCUUGUGAGCCAAGUUUUUGUUUCCCUUCUUGAGCAGUCAAGAAACUAAAACAAACUCUCACACGGAGGUGGCCUCACAAGUUACAUUUCAUGUUUUUUGUUUUUAAGUAUCUCUCAGAUAAUAUCAUUACAUGUAUCAUCAAGUGAACUCUCGGGUUUUCCUUUAGAUGAUUUCUUCACAGACC